GAGAGAGAGAGACGUUGAGCAGUGGGAGAGUGAAAGAGUAUCAGUCAAAGAAAGAUCCAAAAGGCUGAAAGAGAGGGAGAGAGAGCGAAAGAUUGUCUGAGAGAGCCUCUAUGCGCUGUCCCACCCCCUGACUGGUCUUUGCCUCCCCUACAGUCCUGAGAAGCCAGCACCGAACAGAGAGAGAGAGAAAGAAAAAAGAAAGGAGAAGAGAGAAAAAGAGAGGGAACACACACUAGCCCAGGACUCUGGAAUUCGAAACCUUUGGAGCAACACACACACACACACACACACACUUACACACACAUACACACUCAUGCACGGUCUCUGUGGUGAUUUGGAUCGUUCACAGCGAGAAUAACUCUGAGAGAUCAAGAGAGAGAGAGAGAGAGUGUGUGUGAGAGAGAGAGAGAAAGAUAUUCUUUCUACAUUUCUUUACUCUGGACUCUACUGCUACACCAUGGCACCUGUCACGGACAGAGAAUCACGGACCUAGGAGCGCCACAUUGCCAGGAACACACAGAUAGCAAGACAGUACAAAGGUUCCAGUGCCACUGUGAGAAGCUUCUUCAGUCCCGUUGGAGCUGAGAGGUGUGCGGUACGACAGACGCAGAACGGGGGAACGCCGCACAACACCCCGAAGGCUGACAUCCGUUUUGGAGAGGAGAGCGACGACAACUAGCCGUCCGUUGCUACGACAUCAACCAGACCCAUUUCAACCCGAGGCGUGCCAGGCUAGUGCCAUCCCCAGGACACCAUGAUGGUGGCAGUGACGAUGAUGACGACGUGGGGCUCCCUGCUCCUCAUGGCCUCCCAGGUGUCAUCCAGCGGAAUCCCCAAGACCAGCGCCUCCUCUUCACCCUCCUUCUCCUCACACCCAUCCUCCUCUUCCUCGUCCUCCCCUCGCAUGAAGCUCUCCUACAAAGAGCUGCAGCAGUUCCACGGCGUGCGCCGGUUCGAGCUGGAGCGUUCGUGCUGUUUCAGCGCCCUGUUGCUGGACGAGGAGAGGGGACGGCUCUUCGUGGGCUCACGCAACUUCCUGCUGUCACUCAGCCUGGAUAACAUUGCCAAGCAGGAGCACAAGAUUUACUGGCCGGCCCCUGUGGACUGGAGGGAGGAGUGUAACUGGGCAGGAAAGGACAUCAACACAGACUGUGUGAACUACGUGAAGAUGGUCCACCACUACAACCGCACUCACCUGUACACCUGUGGAACCGGAGCCUUCCAUCCCACCUGUGCCUUCGUAGAGGUGGGACAGAAGAUGGAGGACCACGUGUUCAGGAUCGACCCGUCCAAAAUGGAGGAUGGGAAAGGGAAGAGUCCAUACGACCCCCGUCACCCUGCAGCCUCGGUACUGAUAGGUGACGAGCUGUAUGCGGGAGUGGCCACUGACCUCAUGGGUAGAGACUUCACCAUCUUCCGCAGUCUGGGGGGACGACCCUCCAUACGCACCGAACAACACGACUCACGCUGGCUCAACGAGCCUAAGUUUGUGGGUUCGUUCUGGGUGCCGGAGAGUGAGAACCCAGACGAUGAUAAGAUCUUCUUCUUCUUCCGGGAGACGGCGGUGGAGGCUCAGGGCCUGGGGAAGUCCACCUACUCCCGUAUCGGACAGCUCUGCAGGAAUGAUAUGGGUGGCCAGCGUAGUCUGGUCAACAAGUGGACCACGUUCUUGAAGACUCGUCUCAUCUGUUCUGUGCCGGGCAGUGACGGCAGUGACACGUACUUUGACGAGCUCCGGGAUGUGUUCCUGCUGCAGACCAAGGACAGGAAGAACCCUCUGGUCUACACUGUCUUCUCUACCUCCAGCAGUGUAUUCAAGGGAUCAGCCGUGUGUAUCUACACCAUGAAUGACAUCCGCAGGGCCUUCUUGGGGCCCUUCGCCCACAAAGAGGGUCCAAACUACCAGUGGGUCCCCUUCCAGGGCAAAGUCCCAUACCCACGCCCUGGCAUGUGCCCCAGCAAGACAUUCGGCAGCUUCGAGUCCACCAAGGGUUUCCCUGACGACGUGAUCCAGUUUGCCCGUCACCACCCUCUCAUGUUUAACCCCGUGUACCCCCUGAACCGCCGGCCCGUCUUCCUGAGGACCAACGUAGACUACAGCUUCACCCAGAUCGCUGUGGACCGGGUGGGCGCCGCAGAUGGGCAUUAUGAUGUCAUGUUCAUUGGCACAGACAUAGGGACGGUGCUGAAAGUGAUCUCUGUACCGAAAGAGAGCUGGAACAACAUGGAGGACCUGCUACUGGAGGAGCUAGAGGUGUUCAAGGAUGCCUCAUCCGUCAUCAACAUGCAGAUAUCCUCAAAACGGCAACAGCUGUAUGUGGGCUCAGACACGGGUCUGGCCCAGGUUCCUCUGCAUCGCUGCAGUAUCUAUGGGAAGGCCUGUGCUGAGUGCUGCCUGGCCAGAGACCCCUACUGCGCCUGGGACGGCACCUCCUGCACCCGCUACCUACCCAACACCAAACGGCGUUUCCGUCGUCAGGACGUGAGGAAUGGAGACCCCAACACCCUGUGUUCAGGAGACCACCACAAGCACCGGGUGGCAGAGAGGAGGCUGUUCGGGGUGGAAGGGAGCAGCACCUUCCUGGAGUGUAUCCCCAAAUCCCUGCAGGCCAGAGUGACCUGGACCUUCCAGAAACAACCCCACAACGCCAAGGAAGAGCCGCGUCUGGAUGACCGUGUGCUUCAGACAGAGCGGGGGCUGUUGGUGAGGAGGGUACUGAAGCGGGACGUGGGCCUCUACCAGUGCCACGCCAUGGAGCACGGCUUCACCCAGACCCUACUGGGCAUCACCCUGGAGGUAGUACCCUCCUCCUCCUCUUCCUCCCCGCCCGCCGACCCUCUCCUUCGAUUGGACCCCCGCAGCGGAGGCGGCGGCCCACCUUCCACCAAUCAGAAGCUGUGGUACCGGGACUUCAUGCAGCUGGUGGACCACCCCAACCUCAGCACCGUGGAUCAGAUCUGUGAGCAGGUGUGGGCGCGCAAGAGCGCCCAAUCGGACAAGAGCUUCCCGUCUUCUCCCGACAAACAGGCCCCGCCCAUCGGUCCCGUGGUCCGGCCCCCUAACAAGAAGUGGAAGCAUCUGCAGGACAUCCGCAAGGGGAGGAACCGCCGAACCCACGACGGGAAACCCUCCCCACGAGCACCACGCAGCGCAGGGGAGUGACAACAGAGAGAGAGGAGAGAAAGAAGGAGAGAGACUGAGGGUGGCGAGAGAGGGAAGAGAGGGAAGAGAAGGAAGAGAAAAAGAGAGAGACAGAGACUGAUAGAGACCAAGGACUUCUGGAGGGUGUCAACACAUACACAGCACCUCCUUCUUUGUGAAUAUUUAUCUUCCGACACCCCACUAGCUACUGCCCCAUGAUGCUUCACUCUGCCCUGACCCCUGACCCCCGAUUAGCUUGUACCGCCCCUUAUUAUUCCCCCUAUUUUAAUUCUCUGUCCCAGCUCUCAAUCCCUUUGGGUGUGCUCUCCUGGAGAACUUCUGAUGGAGACCUCACCUCUACAGAAUAGACUGAACAGAGUCCCCAAGUUAAAAGAUGGCUCAGUGUAUGUCACUCAAUCUCUCAACUGGAAAUACAACUGGCUCGUAACCGGAAUAUCCGAAUGGAAAAAGACACACAUACACACCACAGGAGGUUGGUGGCACCUUAAUUAGGGAGGACAGGCUUGUGGUAAUGACUGGAGUGGAAUCAGUGGAACGGUAUCAAACACAUGGUUUCCAAUUGUUUGACGUCAUUUCAUUUGCUCCGUUUCCGGCCGUGUUUAUGAGCCGUCCUCCCCUCAGCAGCCUCCUGUGAUACACGUUUACAACCCAAGAUGACAGUACCUUUGAUGACACGGACUACAAAUUGUGAGAUAGGACAAAAACAAUGGGCUCCGCAGACCUCCAAACGCACAUUGAUCAACUUAGGUAUAAUCACAUUUCACGUGUUUUGCAAAGAGAGCAUAACGUAGAUGUGUACUUUGUGACAGAUGCAGUCUUUGAUAUUCUUUUUUUUGGUCCAAACCACUACAGAUAGGAGAAAGCACUACUGUCAUUCCAGGGUAUAGAGAGAGCUGUUACAAUGAGGUGAGAUUCUGAAGCCGAGAGAGAGAGAGUGUACAGGAUCAAUACAAUGGUUCCAUUGUGAUUCUAUUUUACAAAAUGGCUGACAAGGUAGAGGAAGUGGGCGAUGUUCUACCUGUAUGUUUAUGGGGUGACAAGGUAGAGAAAGUGGGCGAUGUUCUACCUGUAUGUUUAUGGGGUGACAAGGUAGAGGAAGUGGGCGAUGUUCUACCUGUAUGUUUAUGGGGUGACAAGAAAAAUGUUUUGUGUUUUAUUUAGUCAUUUAUUUAAAUGAUCUGUGUGUAUUUUCUGACUCUGAUGACUUGUGUUGUGUGCUGACACAUUUACAUGGGGGGAGAUGGUUGAGAUGGUUCAAGUGACAGGCUGCACAACAUCAAUGUGGACGUGGCCAAACAAUAGUGGGCUUUGAAUACGACGUCCCAACUUUGGGCAAAAAGCAUGAUAUUUAUAUGUGAAAAGAAAACAUCUCGAUUUUUUUUUUUAUUCCAAAUGGUACAUACAUGGUUCUUUUAGGCUUACACUGUUUGCCUAGGUAAAUGAUCAGUAGCUGUGUGUGUGCGUGCGUGCGUGCGUAAAUAAAUACAUAAACGUCCCUCCCUCCUGUGCUGUGUCUGUAGGCCCAUCUCUGAGUGUCAUUUUUACAGCAUGUCUUUGAUGCCUUCAGUUCAGCGAAACACAUUUGUCCUCGGUGAAAUGGUGUGAGUAGAUCGCCACCUAGUUUCCUUUCCGUGUAUAGGCCUGGUCCGUUGACUUCCUACGGUACGAUUCAAUACAGUCUGUUGUCGGCUUCUUAAAAUAAAAACGUGCUUUAAAUGUUUCUCCUUUUACCAGUGAAGUCUGUGAGAGCGUACAGAUGUGAGGAAUCCCGCCUUUUAUUUAUAGCUGCUUAAUAAAGGUGUAAUUAUUAACUUUUGAAUGACUGAGGCCAAUAAGUUAGGUGGGCUGUAGUUUUGUGCUCUCCAAUUGCAUGAUCAAGGUUAGGGACUAGACGGUGCACAAUGGAGACUUUGGCUGCCUAUCUGAAUGGCACUCAGGGCCCAUAGGGUCCUGGUCAAAAGUAGUGCACCAUAUAGGGAAUAGAGUGCCAUUUGGGAGACACCUUUUGAGAGGCGAGAGGGUCUUGUGUUCAAUAUGUUCAAUAUGGUUAUCCUAUGUAUUCAUGUGCACAAAUAAGCUAAUAUGUUGUGGUGGAUAUUUCUUUCUUCUUUUCAUGUAGAGACUUGGGGCUCUAUUCAAUCUGUAUCGAUGAAGCGUUACAGAAUGCGCGACAGAAACCUAAAGGCGAUUUCCAAUUGAGGUGACAAAUGCAGUGUUUACUGUGAACGCAGUCUCUGCUAAUGCGGGGAUGUUGCUUUUAAAUUGAAAUCAAGCUGUCACGCUAAACUACAGCCUUACCGAUUGAUUGGAGCCCUUGCAGUUGUACCAUACACGUUCUGCAAAAGCUAUCAUCAUUCAAAAAAACACUCGGUAAAUGUUGAUCCGUUUGUCCAAUUUGCAUCAUUGUUCUUCACGCUGCCCUCCAACCGCUGAUCCUUUCUAUUCCAUGCUAUGUUACGCACCCCAAGUGUGUGUGUGUGUGUGUGUGUGUGUGUGUGUGUGUGUGUGUGUGUGUGUGUGUGUGUGUGUGUGUGUGUGUGUGUGUGUGUGUGUGUGUGUGUGUGUGUGUGUGUGUGUGUGUGUGUGUGUGUGUGUGUGUGUGUGUGUGUAUGCGUGCUUGCGUGUGUGUGUUUGGAGGAAAGGAGAGCUCUUUACAUAUUGGCUUAGGAGGAGAGGUAGUCUGUCGAAGCAGUUCAAAGUUCAGAGGCCAAAGUUGACAUGGUGCACUGUAUUACUUCCAGAGUUCUUUGUGGAUUGUUGUGCCGGAUUGUUUUUGAUUAACACAAUAAAGUGCCCAGUUACUUUA